AUGGCUUCGUUCUUCCAACCGCCCGCGUCCGGCGACCCCGCGCUCGAACAAUGCGAUACUUCGGGCUUCGAGAUUUACUGUAAUAGCCUCAUCAAGAACGACAGGCGGUUCAGCAAUUGGUACCAGAUCCUCCUGGUCUCCGUCGGCGCCGCCGCCCUCUGCCUCCCCGUUCUGUCGUGGAGUCUUGAGUCAUGGCAUGACCUUGGCACGCCUACUUACAUGAUCGAAAUUUCUAGGGUCGACGACGAUGUUGUGCAACGACGUGGAGAGUCGCCAGGCAUGGACCUCCACGACCACCUCCCCAAGCCUAUUACCUCCUUCUGCUAUAUCCAGGGCACCGACGAGGUGCGCGCCGCCAUCAACGAACAUGAUCUCGCCAUUGUCGAAUGGACCGCCUCCAACCGACAUGAGUCGGCACCUUGGCGAAACCAUACCAGCCACGACAAGCGUUCGGUUAUGCCUCUUGUAAGGCUCGAUACGAUCUUUGCCAAGAUUCCCGCCGAGAAAUCAGUAGCAUCGGCCGCCCGCCAACUCGCAACUAUCCACCUUGACUCCGGCGCCGCUUGCUUGGCUCUCCGCAUCGACGAUUCGAUAAGCCUGCAGAUGAUUGACGACUUGGCUUGCGACCUGCUGCGGCUCAAUGUGCCCAUCGUCAUCGUCACGCCCUUUGAUAACCCGAAGCUCAAGAAGAUCCCCUCAGCCAUAUUCUCGGCCUCAUCAUGGAGAAUGGAGCGUGAAACUCGCCCUGACUUCUUUGUCGGCUUCAUGGAUUUGUGGGAAAACAGACCCACUGCCGCUGUUGUGAAGAGGGCCGAGAAGCUCACCAAGCACUUUGCUGCGGUUCUUACCCACAGGCCCAGCGGCCCUAUGCAACUCGGCGACAUGAACCCUCCCAUCCCCUCGGUGACACUCAGCGGCUUCGAGCACCUCCGACGAUGGGAGACGACGGAAACGCACAAAGCGUGGUGUCUGGACGAUAACAAGCCCGUCGCCAUGCGUUCGACUGACACCAAUGUUGCUCGACUCCCUACCGAAAUUUUGACCGAACUCAUUCCUGAAAUUGACAGCCUUCUCGCCCCCGAGCCCCUCAACCCCAUCCUCGCCGCAGUUGCCGACGAGAGACCCCUCGGAUUCUUCCUCCCAAUUAUUGGCAUGGAGGAGCUGUCUACGCAAGGAUGCUACCCGCUGACCUCCACCCCAUCCCGAGAGCACUACGCCGCUGUCGUUACUGAGCAGGUUCAUCUCAAGACCCUGAGACUUCUUCAACCCGUCAAGGGCGACGUCAUCCACCGCGUAAUCCAGCAGUCUUGCUGUUUCCUCGAGCGCGCUACCUAUGCCGAGCUUCUCUUCUUCCUCGAGCAGCUUCGCGUCACCCAGUUUGAGCAUGAAUUCCGCAAGCCCAUGAUCCAGCUCUGCCGACAUCUCCUGAUUGACGAGAGUGAGCACGAUAACUGGCGAAGCCUCCAUUCUCAUCACACUCUCGCCGGCACGAUCGAUCUCCGCGAGCUUCUGGACACCCGGCUUCGAUACUACGCCCGCAGUGGCGCCACCGAGGUGCCGAAUAUCGACAACCUACUUCGUCUGUUCUCGCACCUCGAUUCGCUCGUUAAUGAUGCCCUGUUCUACGGCGAUAAGCGAGUCUUUGGCCUCCUGGACGAUGCUCUCCGCUCCGUCUACAAGUUGUCAGGCACUCCCGAGAACACGACGCCAGCAGAUAUCAAUGCCGAUCUCUUUGCUCUGCUCUUCUUCAUCGUUUUGAGGCGAGCAGCUCUCGAGGAUAUUUACCUAGAAGCCACUGACCGUUGCCCAUACUUCUUGUCCCAGCCCGACCAGGCUGCUGUGUUCGCUGAACUCUGGGUUUUGGGCUCGCAGUGCGAAAUCUAUUUCGGCAUUCUGCCCCGAGACCUCGGCGAGAUCAUCUACAAGAUGUACCACAAGUACCUCGAGGUCAACACUCCCCCAGCUAAGCCAACGGAAUUCAAGGAGCGCGUCAUCACCAUGUACUGGCCAGUCACUGCGGAACGGGAACCAGAGGGCAAACUCCCUGCCGGCUCCUACGCCGCCCCGGUCUCGACAGAAAACAAGCUCCGGCAUUGGAAAAAGCGUAUGCAGGAGUUUGGUGCUCUUUCCAUCUUCUGCUUCCCUGCCAUCCUCGACGUCAUCUUGCUGAGCUUCCUCGGAAGGGGUUUGUUCACCACAGCCUUUAUGGAGCCCGCGCACAUUGUCGCCUCGGGAUACGCCGUCCUGGUUUCGUUGCUCCUGGCCGCUGGUGUCACUGGUUGGGUCGGUAGUGUCGGCCACUACUAUAUGCCCCACUACGCCUACGACAACUUGCUUUACUUCCACGUCCAGAGGCUUUCGGGAGGCUUCAUGCUAUCGUUCACGGUGGCCGCCAUCGGCCUGAUCGCUUUCACCGUGAGCUAUGACAUCUACGUUGGCCUGGUGUUUGCUGCCUAUCUCAUUGUCGUCUCCACGUACCUCACCUUGCUUGGUAUCAUGGCGACCAUGCACCAGCGUGGAAGCCCUCUCCGCUCUGGGCGUCUCGUCCUCUGGCGCACGAUCCCGUUCCUCUUCCUAUCCCCGCUCAUCUCGUCUUUUGUGAACGGCCACGAUCUCAAGAUUUACCUGCCAAUCUCAUAUGCUUUCCUCUUCCUUAUCCUGAUUCAAUACCGGAGCCUUUGCAUGGAAUGGUCUGGCUGGAUGUCCAACAUCCCCGAGCUAACUGAAAAGGACAUCACCGACUGGUAUUCUUCUCGGUAUUCCAAGGAGAAUUCGGCCAGCGAUAGCGACUCUCUUGUUUCCGGCAAUGAUGGUAGCAGCGCUGAGGUCGAAUUCCGUCGGGCUGUUGAGCUGCACCAGCGCUCCCGGUUCGGACUGGGCGAGAAGCGAGUCGACCCCUGGUUCAACAGCCUUGGCGAGGCCAAGGCGAAGCAGAAGCAGCUUUGCCGUGGUCUCAAGGAACACAACGCGGUCCUUCUCUUCCGCGCAUCGCGUUACGAUAUUGGCCAGAACGUCGCUCUCUUUUUGAUUGCGCUUAUGGAUCGAUGGGUGGCACUGGUGAUGUCGGGCCGAGGCCCCACCAUUAGUCUUUACACCGAUGCCCGAUCGCGAUAUGGUCUCUGCCUCUGCAUCGCCUAUUUCUGUUUCUCGGUCAUGUCCCUCGACGCGACUCUGCAGAAGUAUUGGCCUGAUAGGUUCAAGCUUUCGGACGAAAAGCUGGUCAACUUUGAGCAUGCCCAGCAUGUCAUGGAGAACUGGGAGAAGCGGCGAUUCAAGAUUUACUGCACCGCCCUGGUCGAACUGAUCAAAAAGCUUCUUGCCACUCUCGGGUUUACAUCCCUUCUCCUGUGGCUCAUGGUUGAGAAUUACGAAACGAUGAUUGUCUUCAUAUGCUACGUCUUCGGCUACAGCUGCGUUGUUCUUUUCCAGUUCAACCGUUGCUUCGCCAAGUUCGUGCGCGCCCACGUCACGACUCUCUACUUUUCCGCGACCUUUGGCCUCAUCGUUGGCUGCAUCCUCCACGCUUUGCCCUGGACCCACGAGAUCCUCUACAUUGAUAUCCUCGCCAUGUGCACGGCCUCGUUCACCGCCGCCUUUGUUACCUCUAUCUGGGUUUGGAUUGGCUUCCGUCGUGAAAUCUCGCCUGUUGUCGAGGACAUCACGUCCUUUGCCCAGGACGGCGGGAUCCUGAAGCAGCCUCUCAUUACCUCGCUUAACCGCCGCACCGGAGGUCCCACCGCCCUGUCCAGCUGGAAGUCGCUCGAGUCUAGCCGAACGACCCUCGCCCAGUCGUCCGCGGCAGGUGUUGCCAUUGGCAAUAUCCUUCAGCAUGUUUCGGAAUACCCUGGCGAGAGCACGCCUAGCUGGCAGAUUGACAUUGUUCAACGUGCUCGUGACAUGUGGGCAAACCACAACAUUGUCGUUUCCUUGGUCGAUCGCGAGGCUUUUGCCAACUCUGGCCUCCGAGGAUGCUGCUCUGCCAGCCGCAUCGACACUAGAGGCCGACUUGAUAUCAAUGUUGGUGUUUUCGGUUCGUCGGAAAUCCGUCUUGCCUCGUGGUCUUCGGUGCAGGGUCGUAUUGCGGCAGAGGCCAUCCUUUAUCAUGUUGCUCGAUCGUGGCGAAACAUUCCUCACAAGGAUGCCGUUCUCAUCGAACACCUCCUUCUCGAAGAGGAUGAGACCAUGGCCCGUCGCAUUAGCUUCGAGAUUGCCAUGCUUGACCCCUCCUCCUCCCGCAACCUGUACCUAAAGACAAACGCCGAGCUGAUGCGACACCUUUGCCUGGAUAUUGACGUCGAUGCCCAGUGGGGUUCCAUCCCCGCGGCCGUUCGCGAAGCCGUCCUUUGCCGAAUUCUCGGAGAGACUGUGCCCAUGGCCCCUGAGUUCAUCGAAUGGCUGGAGUCUGGGGAAGUGGACAUGGAGGCCUGCAACUUUAACCUGCGCCUCUCUCUGGCCAUUUCCCACGAGAGCCAGCUGACUAUGGGAACCCUGGCCUACCUCGCAGACAAUGCGCCUCGUAUCACGACCCACAUGGAGCCAGAUUUGAUGUGUGUCCCCAUCAACGAGGGCCAGGCGCCUCACAACUUCAUCACUCGCCUCGGCUCGUGGAUCAGGCGUCUCUCUCUCGCGACGGUCCGUUGGAUCGCCCUGAUCGCCGGUGCCGACUCCAACAUUGAGCGGGAGCUGUGGUAUAAGCUCAGGAACACUUACCUUCGCUCUGUCAUCAUCACUGUCGUCCUCGCGAUUUGGAACUUUUGCCAAAUCGCGCGUAACUCUUGGGUAUAUGCCAUCCUGAUUUAUCAUCGCCCGGCGAUUGCUAGUAUCGCUCGCCUUGCUCGCAAGGGUGCUUCUCGGGCCAUUCACGGAAACUCGAUUGUGGUGGAGCUCACCCGAGCCGCCAUUACCGGCUUCGCGUCGGAGAAUGAUGAGGGCGUAAUGGUUCUCAACAUCUUUGACGGCAUCCUAAGCGAGAUCCCCGCCACCAAGGAACCCAACUGCCAGGCCAUCUAUGACAGCAAGUUCCGUCUGCAAAGCCGGGUUCAAAAGGAAGGCAAGGGAACCAUCACAUCCACCUACCGGUACCACGACACGAACGAUGGCCAUAGGUGGCCGACCCAGAAGCUAGAGGCAUCGGAGUCAAGAACCAUGACUGGCUACUACGACAAGCACGGCCGUAUCUGCGUCGGCACACUCCGCAUGGGAAGGACCGAAUUCUCGUUCCGAUACUACUACAAGGCUACUCCCAAGGGCAGCAGUGACAUCCUGCGCGCCGAUUACGAGGUUAUUGGAUCGUCCACUCAUGAUGGCAUCUACGUGUACUGGGGUGAGCCUACUCGUUCUAGCUCCAAGGAGUACAAUUGGGUUCCCUCGGAGCGCCUGUGCAGAAUUGUUAGAAAAGUUGGCGGACAAACAUACAUCACUACUCUCGAAUAUCAGCAUCGCCGUGAUCCCACGACGGUGACGGUGAUUGAGGGAGAUGCAGGCACCACGGCUAUUGCAGAGCCUCCUAACGUUUGUCAUGAAGAGGCCGAGCUUCUCAUCCGUCCCAAGGAUAACGUAUUCCACUCGGACGAUCUGCUCAUCUACCACGGCAAUUUCCAACUCAAUCGGAUGCGCAAGGCGGCCAAGACCGCCGGCCCUUCCAAGAGCGCGCCCUUCCUCUCGUCUCUCAAGCUUACUUCUCUCUUCUCGUGGCACGGUCGCGUGGUGUACCGCCGGGUGCCCACCUGGCGUGUCAGGACCGAACUCUGGGGCCACUGGCUCAAGACUGGAACCCUUGAUGCCAUCACGGCGUGCUGGAUGGACGAGGACAUUUUGCGCCAGGAGCCUCUUCUCCGCGAGUACUGGACUCUUCGCGACCGUGGUCGGCUCACCGAGGCCCGCGCCGCACUCGACCGCAACAUCAACCAGAUCUUUGCCGCUAUCGAGAUUGAGACGGCCGUGUCGGAGGUGUGCCUCCUGCCCAUCAAGACGUCGGAUCUUUACGCCAUGGGUCUCGGCAACGAUGCUACCCAAGUCACAACCCGCCCCGAAGACUGCUACCGCGACACCAAGGACCGCAUUUCCGUCAUCUUUACUGAUAUUGGCUGUUGGCCCGAGGCUCCCGGUGGUGUUUCCAACUGUCGCCGCGAUCUCGUCAAUGGCCACUCGACCAUUAGGAACCACGUUUUGGCGGAGAGUGCCAACGAAUACGGUAUCCCUCGUUUCCAAAUCGAGAAGAACGUGCAGUCUCUAAAGCUGCUUCCUCUCUGGGGUCUUGACGGACGCUCUGCGCACCACGGCAUCAUCGACAACCUUUUGCAGUCUCAAGUGGACGAGAAGAUUGAGAACACGGACUACAAGUACGAUAUCGAGCUGACGUUUGUGCCUCUCCUCAAGGCUUUCGUCAAGGGCGCUCGCUCUCUCCGAUGCUCGCGACAGGAACUCAUCAACUACUCCAACGUCAUUCUCUCCAUUUCGAGGUAUUUCGAGUUCAAGGACUACAAUCGAACUUGGGAAUCGCCCGAAGUGGAGCGAGCCUGGGUCGAGGCCUGGAUGACGCACUACGACGAGCCCAACGUGAAGAACCCCGCGGACUACUUUGAGAUUGAGCGCCCCAGCCUCACGGACUUCCGCGAGGCCCUCGGCAUCUACAAGGCGUACUUCUUCAUCUUUGCCGCCAAGGUCCCCGACGAGUGCCCUCGUGUCUUCCAGAGCACCCAUCACGGCAUCGAGUGCUGCCUCAACAUCUCGGCCGCCCAGUGCGCCCUCCCUAUCCCUGUCCAGUCCAUCCUCCUCUCCGGCAUUGGUCUUGCUACCAGGCUCGCCUACAUGCACGCCGACGUGAUCAUGCCCUGCACCAUGUGGGAAACCGAAAUUGGUACUGAUCGUGGCCAGAUUGGCAACCGCAAGCGAUUCAGCCGCAAGAUUGAGCCGAUUGUCAACGGUAUCAGCAACAUGGACUCCUUCCAGCCGGUUGACAGCAUCCGCACAGAGCGGCCCACAGUUGUCAUGUUGUCACACGUGCAGUUUAUCAAGGGCAUCAAGACUGCUAUCCAGGCAGCGGACGUCAUUGUGAACCGAUAUGGCUUCAAGGACUACCAACUCUGGAUUUACGGAUCCAAGGAUCGUCAGCCUUCGUACUGUGCCGAGAUGGUGCGCCUCAUUAUCGAUUGCAAGCUCACGGACAAUGUUGUUCUUAAGGGUUUCGGCAAGCCGAACGAGGUGCUCAAGGACGCUUGGCUCUUUAUGAACUCGUCCAUCUCGGAAGGUCUCCCGCUUGCCAUUGGUGAGGCGGCGUUGGCCGGCGUGCCAAUCGUGGCGACCGAGGUGGGUGCCACGGCGCUUGUGCUGACGGAGCCGGAGGAGGAGAACACGCGCUACGGCGAGGUUGUGCCGCCUAACGACCCCAGCGCGCUCGCCCGAGCGCAGCUUCGUCUCAUGUCGAUGACGGGAAGCUGGGUCAAGUAUACGGAUGAUGGCGAGGUCGUCGAUCUCCCCGAAGACAUUAGCGAGACAGACGUGCAGUGGCUCUCGGCCCGUAUGAGAGAGAAGACGCCUUUCCGCAGGAAGCUGGGCAUGCUCUCUCGAGGUGUGGUCAUGAAGUGUUUCCACGGUGAGCGGUACCUCCGAGAGCACGAGCAGAUGUACUGGGUACAGUGGUACCUGUCCAAGAUGCGCUCGGAUCCCAACCUCAACUUCCCCAGCGGUUCGUACAAGUUUGGCGGCCAAAAGGAGCUGCACUACGUUGAAGAGAGGCCGGGCGUGAGCCCCGAAGACGACAGCAGCGAAGACGGGUGCAUAGCGGCGGAGAAGUCGGCGGUGGUGCUGAAGUGGCAGGACUUUGACCGGCACACGGAAGCGGCCAAGAAGGCGAACCGCAACCGACUUAGCAAGUCGCGGCCGACUUCGGCGGCGGGAUCCACCAACCGCGAGUCCAUGUGGACGAGGGGGCCCGGCUCCGGGCCUGCCAGCACCUCCGGCGCCCAUCUGGAACACUGA